AUGACCAGAUUGCGUAAACACAAGCGCCGGCCCUCAAACGUCAACCACUUCUCCGACUCGGAGGCGGUAGCCAUGGAUCAGUACAGCGACGCCGACAGCGGGGCUGGUAGUGGGGGUGGGGGCGGGAGUCGGUAUAACCCCAUCAACAGUUUCAUACGACACGCCUCGUCGGCCAGGGAUUCCGUGUCCGUUGAGGACCCGCUCGAAAAGCAACGAAUCCUGCAGUCGUUGGUGGGCGCCGGCGGGUCGACCGCUAAAAACCGACGCCUGUCGCUCGACGAGUUCAUACAAAACAACCGGCGCUUAAAGAUACACAAAUUCAUGACACAGACCAUCGACCAGUCGGCCAGCGAUGUGUCCCUCAGCGACGGUGAGUCCAGUUUCAUGAGCUCCCAGAAGAGCCCGUCCUCAUCGCCCGGGCGGCGAUCGCCCUCUAAUCUCAUGAGACAAUUCUCGGCCAUUUCGGAGGCCUCGCAGGAGGACCAGUACUCCAGGGGCGUCUCCCGGAACAACACCCUUCCCGGCGACUCCUCGUCCGACAGCAUCAGUCUAUUGCAUAACUCGCCGAUUAUGAAACAGGAGUCCGAGACGGAUGUCCUACUGAACGACAUACACACCAUACAGGAGUCCUCCCGUUCCCCGUGUAUGGCGUACUGCGACAUAGACUCGCCUCAGCCCUCGUCCUCCGGAUAUAUGAGACAAGAUAAGAUGCUGUCGUCGACCUCAUCGACGAGUUCGGGCGCCAGUACUCCCAACCACUUCUUCCCGCCGGCCAUCACUGUCACCAACGCCUCCAUUGAACACUACAGCGACUACGAGCCGGACAUACGGUGCUCGGCUCACCCCUACCACCAGACACUGGGCCAGAGGUCGUCGUACGGCUCAAUGGCUUGUGAGCUGACGGUUCCCGUACAGCCUGUCCGCCGACUAUCUGAGCCGUCGCCCAAUCCCAUGACGGGGGUCGGGGUCGGGGGUGUCGACAGUAAACGGUCAACCAGUCCGGGUUCGCAGUCGUGCUGCUCACCAAUGCUUAAGAAAAUAGGCGAUUCCGGCGGUAGGGGCCGGAAGUUCUCGCUGGAAAUGGUGCCUCGAAUACAGAUCAAUACAGUUGGAGUUCCCGGCGAUCCCAACACUACGCCCAACCCGUGCAAGAAGGCUGGUGUGCAUUAUCUGAACCCCAUGUCUAUCACCGGGUCAUCCGAUCGCACGAUAUCGGAGUCCAACUUAAGUACGUCCGGCUAUUCGUCGCUCUCAAGUCCGGGGAUAUCCAGGUGCAACUCUUCGAGUCCGUUCCCCGAAGAGAUCGGCGGUGUGUCGGCCGAGUUGACCACAAUUGUCAUCCCAGAUGUGCCACAACUGGAGUUCAAGAACCAGCACAACCAUCACCACCAGCAGCAACUCGGCUCCGACUACCGGCCCUCCAAUUACGGCAACUUCCUAUCGAUUCCGGUCUUCACGUUCCCGGCGAAGGAUGACCGGCGACACCGCCCGAAGACCCCCACCUCUCACCACAACCCAGUGGUCGUGUGUCCGGAGAUCAAGAUAUCUCCGGCCGAGUCCUACGAA